AUGAGGUCGCAUCUUCUCGGCCUGUGGGGCCUGGCGGCGUCGGGGAGAGUUACAGCUGUGGAGAACACUUCGUGUGUCAACUGUGAAGCCACUCUCCUCGCCAACUCGGACUGGUCCAACGGCGUCCUUGCCCAAGGAAACUACUACCAACCAUCCAAGACCGGGAAUUGGCUGCUUGGAAGAUCGACCAACGGUGAAGGCCAACUCGAGCUUCGAAACGACCCAGAAGAUGGCUAUUACGUUUGGAAUCUUUGCGGAUAUUGCCGAGUUUACAUGGCCCAGGUUAUUACUGUCCAAGCCGGGGUAACGUACGACUUCUCGUUCGAAUACUCGAUGGACGGUGUGCGUGGCUUGUCCAACACGAUCGAGAUGACCGUCGGAACCUUGUCUCAGCGGGCCAUUCUUUUCAGCCCGUUUAUUUACACUGGAAACACGGAUGGAUGGGCGAAAUUCAACACCCCCACGUGGACCCCCACCGAGUCGGGUGACCUUCUCUUGACUCUUACCUGGCGCAACGAUCCCAAUGAUGCCACUUUCAAGAUCAAGAGCGCCGCCAUGUCUGCCGUUGAAUGCCGCAACGCCGAAUCCACCAAGACUUGCUCAGCCGAACCCGAACCACUGACGACUGUCUCUACUUCGAGUCUUGAUCCGGAGCUCACCACCACCACCACCACCACCACGGAAAUCAGCACGAGUGCCGAGCCCGAACCCACAGUGACCACCAGCGAGACCCUUGAACCGGAUGUUACGAUCACGAGUGCCAGUGCGACCUCCACCGGCGCUAUUUCCACCGAAGCCAGUUCAACCGAAGCCACUUCCAGCGCAUCCCCUACUAAGGGCUGCGGCAAACGGAGGAGACGCAAGCUCUAA